GUCCGUACUUUGCCUGCAGGCUGCGGGCCUGGUGUCCGGGAGCCCAGAGUUCCCAUCGGGGCCUCUAGGGCCCUUGAGCGAGCAGCUUGACCGAACCCCUCUGGACUGACUGCAUUUCUCUCAGGGACCUCUGGGCCGGGAAGUCCUGUCCUGCGUGGAGCGUGUCCCUGGGGUGGGGUGGAGUGGGCGCGAAGUACUAACCGACCCGGAAGUAGGAGCGGUGGAGUCACACUUAGCCUUCUUCCUGGGUUAGGCACGUCUUUCACGUAAUACACUCUUCCCCCCGGAAAAUUUUAAAUAUCCCUUGAUAAUGGAUUUUUACCCAGCCCUCGUGGUGCUGAUGUUUUUGCAAAUAAUGACAGUACUUCGCGAAACGGAUCUGCCAAUUGGUUUAAUGACCAUUUUCAAUAGGACAGCUUUAAAGAACAUUUGUCAUUUAUGUUAUUUCCUUUCUUCCACUCAGUGACCCAGUGAGAUAGGGAAGGUUACAGAGAAUGCCAUUUGCGAUGAAGUGACCCUCAAUCACAUGGAUUAUGCUAAAGAAAGAUAUGGCGUAUCUUCAAUGAUACAAUCACAAGAAAAACCAGAUCGGGUUUUGGUUCGAGUUAGAGACUUGACAGUACAAAAAGCUGAUGAAGUUGUUUGGGUGCGUGCAAGGGUUCAUACAAGCAGAGCUAAAGGGAAGCAGUGUUUCUUAGUCCUACGUCAGCAGCAGUUUAAUGUCCAGGCUCUUGUGGCUGUGGGAGACCAUGCAAGCAAGCAGAUGGUUAAAUUUGCUGCCAACAUCAGCAAAGAGAGCAUCGUGGACAUAGAGGGUGUUGUGAGAAAAGUGAAUCAGAAAAUUGGAAGCUGUACACAGCAAGAUGUUGAGUUACAUGUUCAAAAGAUUUAUGUGAUCAGUAUGGCUGAACCCCGCCUGCCCCUGCAGCUGGAUGAUGCCAUUCGGCCUGAAGUGGAAGGAGAAGAGGAAGGAAGAGCUACUGUUAACCAGGAUACAAGACUAGACAACAGAGUCAUUGACCUUAGGACAUCAACUAGUCAAGCAGUCUUCCGUCUCCAGUCUGGCAUCUGCCAGCUCUUCCGAGAAACUUUAAUUAACAAAGGUUUUGUGGAAAUCCAAACUCCCAAAAUUAUUUCAGCUGCCAGUGAAGGAGGAGCCAAUGUAUUUACUGUGUCAUAUUUUAAAAAUAAUGCAUACCUGGCUCAGUCCCCACAGCUGUAUAAGCAGAUGUGUAUUUGUGCUGAUUUUGAGAAGGUUUUCUGUAUUGGACCAGUGUUCAGAGCUGAAGACUCCAAUACCCACAGGCAUCUAACUGAAUUUGUUGGUUUGGAUAUUGAAAUGGCUUUUAAUUACCAUUACCAUGAAGUUGUAGAAGAAAUUGCUGACACCUUGGUACAAAUAUUCAAAGGACUUCAAGAAAGGUUUGAGACUGAAAUUCAAAUGGUGAAUAAACAAUUCCCAUGUGAGCCAUUCAAGUUCUUGGAGCCAACUUUAAGACUAGAAUAUUGUGAAGCACUGGCUAUGCUUAGGGAAGCCGGCAUCGAAAUGGGAGAUGAAGAAGAUCUGAGUACACCAAAUGAAAAACUGUUGGGUCGAUUGGUAAAGGAAAAGUAUGAUACAGAUUUUUAUAUUCUUGAUAAAUAUCCCUUGGCUGUAAGACCUUUCUAUACCAUGCCUGACCCAAGAAAUCCUAAACAGUCCAACUCUUACGAUAUGUUUAUGAGAGGGGAGGAAAUUUUGUCAGGAGCUCAAAGAAUUCAUGAUCCUCAACUGCUGACAGAGAGAGCCUUACAUCAUGGAAUUGAUUUAGAGAAAAUUAAGGCUUACAUCGAUUCUUUCCGCUUUGGAGCACCUCCUCAUGCCGGUGGAGGGAUUGGGUUGGAACGAGUGACUAUGCUGUUUUUGGGAUUACACAAUGUUCGUCAAACCUCGAUGUUCCCCCGUGAUCCUAAACGACUCACUCCUUAAGGAAAGCUGUGGUUUUUAUUCUUUCCAGUAACCUGCUAUCGAUCAGGCUGUACCUUAGGCACUUAGAAUAUGCAAUAAAAUAAAUGCCUUCUCUAAAGUGCUACAAUUAUUUUUGGAUUAAUUCAGUAUAGGUUAAUUUAAAAGAGAAGAUUUUUAUAACUUUGGACAUGCUUUCAGUAGGAAAUGCUUGAACAUUUUAAUAAGAAAUUCAUACAGUUAUGUUGAAAAUUCAUAUUCCAUUACCACAGUAAACAUUAAUAGUUUUAAACAGUUAAGAUUAUGCAGUUUUUUUUUUCUUUUCUAUAUUACAAUGACCACAGGAUUGAGGUCUUAAAUUUUCAAUAUUUGAACUUACUUUUUUUAAUUAUGACAUUGAAAUAAGAAUAGCUGGAGAAGUAUCUGAGAUUUUUGUGACUGUAUAAUUGGCUUAUCAUGGAAAAUUAGAACGUACCCAUUCUUAAAAUUAUGCCCAGAAGUCAUAUAAAGCAGGUGAAAAUACUGGUUAGAAAAUAUUCAAUAUAAUAUUGUUUUAAAUUGUUAUAUUCUAAGUCUGGGUUUCAAUAAAAUUUUAAUGCUAAU